AUGCAGCAACUGCGCUCUUACUGUUAUCGAGCAGCCUCUUCCGCCGGCAGGGCACGCCACACUCAGUUCACCAAGACCAUCACAAAGUUGAUGGCAACUUCGACUGCUUGGCCACAUGGACCCACUGCCAUGGAACAUUUCUUACAGACGCACUACAAGGAGGACUCCUCAGUCAAGGAAGAAGUGGCUGCUCAAUCAAAUAAUUGUGAGUACAUGCAAAAAAACUGCAUGUCCGGCCUUUGUGCAGAAGCCAGCAAAGCAAUGACAGCCCAUGGCAAAGCCUACAUGAUGCGGAUGGAAGAGGAAGCCAAAGCCAAAUGUCAAUAUUGCGCAGACAAGGUAAAACAUGAACUAGAGGAGUUACGCAACCCCUCAGACACUCUCAAACUGCAAUAUAUUGAAGGUUUAGGCAGAGUAGCCGGGCAACUACUAGAGAUAAUAUUUGAGACAACUGGUUGGCAUGGGAGCAUAUACCUAGGUGGCCUGUAUCCAUGUGCAAAUGGGGACAUUCAUGUUUUCAGGAAAGGGAGCACUGGGUUCACCUUCCGCAACUCACUUCCUGACCACACCAGAUGGAUUGUCAAACCAUUCACAAUGUUUCUGAAGGGUGCAUUUGCUUCUAGCGCUACAUCUCAACCACCCGAAGGAUUACAUGGUGAGGAGCAGAUUGACUUUUUCAGUGGAGUCGACAUGCUCAAUCCCACCCCUUCUUUUACUGAAGCCUGUGCUAACACCCCUUCAAUUCCGGUUCAAGAACUGUCGGCUUUGGAGUCUCUGCCUAUGGAAGGCAGAGGUGUAUUCAUACACCCCGCUGACAAAGAACUUUGUGACGUGAUUCACCCAUAUUCACAUGACCCAAACAGCUAUUCCUUGCCCAAUGGUUCCUUUGACUCCGGGUUCUACAGGCCUCUCAACCAUUACAUGAUAGAAAUCAGUUUACCUGAGCCUGAACCUGACAUGGACUACAACCUUCCAAUACUCCCUCCCUUCCCUUCUCAGGAUGGCCCAGACACACCCAUAACUGCAUGGAACAAGGACUUCAAUGCUGGUAGGAUUUCCGUCUUUUAUCUGCCCCAUCUUCAUGAUGCCUUUGCAUGUGUGGCUUCACUGAGUCCUUCUGUCCAAGGCAAGAAAAUACCCCAUGCAUGUCCUGUUAUUUGGGGUCAAGCUACGGCCCCUUCUAUCUAUGAUCAGCUCUGUGACUCAGCACCACCGUCUCCUAAUGCACCCCCUGCAGGCCCCUUGUUGACAGUUCCUGAUGUUGCUGCUGUGCCUGGGCCUCUCACAAGUGACACAUCAACAUCUUCCAAUGCACCAGCCCUACCUUCUACCCCACCUGCACCAACAUUGAUGUCUCCCAAUGCACCAGUUCUACCUUCUACCCCACCUGCAUUAACACCAAUGUCUCCCAAUGCACCAGCCCUCAUGUUGGCAGUUCCACCUUCCUCCACACCUAUAUCUACAUUGUUGUCUUGUCAUGCACCUCCUGCAGCCCUUGUCUUGGCAGUUUUACCUCCUGCCUUGCCUGCAUUAACAUCAACAUCUAUACAUACACCUCCUGCAGCUCUUGUCUCAGCAGUUCCACCUCCUGCCCCUCCUACAGCCCUUGUCUCAGCAGUCACCGCUGUUCCUGCUGUUUCUGUGCCUCUCAUGACUCCUAUGGAAGGUAGUCAGCCUCAAUCUAGCACUGUGGACCAACCAAUGGAGGAGAUGCAACCAUUUGAUGAGAUAGUCAAUCAGUCAUUCUAUUGCAGCAGCCAAAAUUGUCUUCCAUCAACCCGUCUGAUGGACGCUAACAAGAUUGGCAACACUUCAAAGAGAUAA